AGAGAGGACUGGGUAAUAUAUUUACAUCUCAAAGACCAAGGAAAGAAAGCAAGUUCCUCCAACAAAGAAUUUUAUUUUCUAAAUCCAGAAUUCUAUAAUACUUAAACAAACUUUUGAGAUGAAUGGGAAGGUUUUGGAAUUGGUAAACAGCAUAAGCGGGCUUUAAAUAGUUUCUUAAGCUACAUUCAGUUCUUAUAAGAAGAGUUGUUUUUUAUUCCUCAAAGAAAUGCACUGCAACCUGAAUACCUCAAAGGGCUGACCCACCAGAUAAAUGGAAUAUUUCCUGCCAUAUCAGUAAACAAAGGAUGUCACAGUCAUCAAUGAUUGCAGCCCUCCAAUGUGAGCCAAUGAGCUGGUGAGCCCUGGGGAAACUCAGGGCUGAAAAGAAUAGUUGCCAUCUAGCAGCCAUCAGACUGCAGCCACUCCCUGUGGCACUACAGAGAUCUGGGAGACCUGACUGUGGUAAGAAUCCUCAUCCUUCACCAGCUUCUGCCAGUUUUUCCAGGAUCCCAUCUGGAGGCUCUGGAGCAUGAGAAUUUGUCUGUUCUCUGGGGUGGAAUCUGUCAAGCCUCGAGAGAAGUCUGUUCCUGCUCUGCUGGGCUGUCAGAGCCAACCUGCUCGCUCCAGGAGGUGAUGGGGAUCCCCUCAUUCCUAGUCCUCCCUGCUGCCAGGAGUGACCGAGCUGACUGCACACCCUGCCAUCCUUCGGGCCACAUGCUACUGUGGACGGCUCUGCUAUUCCUGGCUCCUGUUGUUGGGAAACCUGGGAAGCCGGGGAUGGACAGCCAUGGGGCACAGGUACCUCAGCCCUUAUGCUUCUGUUACGCAGGUCUCCCGAAGGCUGUGGUGAACAUUCAGCCUGCGUGGAUCAGUGUGCUCAAGGAGGAUUACGUGACGCUGAUGUGUCAGGGGACCAACUUGUAUGAAGGCAACCUCACCCUGUGGUUCCAUAAUGGGAGCUUCAUCCAGAGCCAGAACCAGCGCAGCUAUAGCUUUAAGGCCAGCAGCAAUGACAGCGGAGACUACAGGUGUGAGACAGAGCAGACCAGCCUGAGCGACCCUGUGCAUCUGGAUGUGAUUUCCGACUGGCUGCUGCUCCAGACCCCUAGCCUCGUGUUCCAGGAAGGGGAGCCCAUCAUGCUGAGGUGCCACAGCUGGAAAAACAGCCCUCUGAAUAAGGUCAUAUUCUUCCAGAAUGGAAAAUCCAAGACAUUUUCCUAUCUGCAUUCCAACUUCUGUAUCCCACAAGCAAACCUCAGUCACAGUGGCGAGUACCACUGCACGGCAUUUAUCGGGCAGACACUGCACUCAUCACAGCCUGUGACCAUCACUGUCCAAGGUCCGGCAAUUCUAUUCAUCAUUCCACUUUGGUAUCAAAUCGCUUUCUGCCUGGUGAUGGGGCUCCUUUUUGCAGUGGAUACAGAGCUGUAUUUUUCUGUGCAGAGAGACCUUCAAAGCUCAGUGGGAGACUGGAAGAACUGCAAAGUCAGAUGGAGCCAAGGCCCUCAGGAUAAAUGACCCCUCAUCCCACGGUGUAACAGCAGUGGCAGCAGCAUCUCUUCAGGCCAUAACUUUCCUCUUCCCCUGGCCCCAUCUUGACAGCAACGUGGGCUAAGGAGCCUCCAGGGAAAGAAAAGGCCUGUGAUCUCCAGAGCUAAAAUCCUAAUAGGCCCUACCUUCACUGAUUUCCCUAAGGCCAAGGCACAGUCACAGCCCACCCAGCUCUACAAGGACUCAGAGCAAAUGUGUUUUCAGAGAUCCUUGAGAGAGGUUCUUCAAAUAUAUGAAACCUCAGGAAAUCCUGCUUCUACUUUCAAAAUAAAUCCAACAAUCUGACCACUUCUCAGUACUCUACUACUAGCAUCUUGGUCCAAGCCACCAUCACCUCACUUGAAUUACUGCUCUCCCUGCACUCACCCAUGACACCUGACAGUCCAUUCUCACCGUAACAGCCAAUGUGUGUUUGAGGUCUCCUUGAUCAUUCAGUAUAACCCCACUCCUCCACCAUCUCCUAAUCCCACUCUCCUGCUUUAUUUUCCCCAUUGAAGUCAUCACCAACUGGAGUACCAUAUGUUCACUUGUUCAAUUGUUUACUGCUGUAUUUUUCCCCCGUUGUAUGUAUCACCAUCUGACUACCCCCUGUCCCAUUAGAAUACGCUCCAGGAGAGCAGGGCCUUUGUCUGUUUUGUUCACUACCAUAUACUUAGAGUCAAGGUUAAUGUCUGGCACUUGAUAAAGCACUCAAUACAUAUUUGUGGAAUGAGUAAAUUCUUUAGCAUUUGAAAUUAGAGACUUUUUUUAGGUACAUCUACUCCAUCUUCCCAGAAGCAGAGGUCCAAUUCAAUACUAUUGAACACCCUAUUAGAUACUACCCAAUAUAUACCACUAGUACAUGCAUUUCAGCUUUGAAUAUAUUUGCCUAAACUCAGUAUUAUUUACUUUCACCCAUCACAUCUUUUAAAGUAGUAUAUCAGUUGGACCUACUUCCCUUUAAUUGAAUUGACUUCCUAAGCCUGUAGAGUAGCAUUGUGAGAAGCAUACUGAAAAGAGAGCCAAACAACCUGGAUUUGUGUUUCAUUUCUACAUUUGCUACCUGGUUUGUCUUGAAGAAUUCAUUUAACUAUUUUAUGAAUUAGAUUCUUCUUCUGUAAAAUGGUAAUAUCUUUACCUCCCUCCCCAGGAAUAUCAUGUGACGUUAAAAUGUAACAACAUAUAUGGAAGCGUAAUGUCUUUGGAACAUAAUAGGCGUUUAAUAAA